AAUGGUUCUUUAUCGAAAAUUCAAACAAAAUCUCUUUUACUUCUGUAUUGUAUAAUUCGACGGUAUUUUUUAAAGUCAUCUGUAAAAAUCUGAAUAAAGGUACUGUUAAUCGAAGUCAUUAACAUACAUCCUACGACGGGCAGUUCAAAAUACAGUUACAGAUUCGCGAUUUCUCUCAUUCCCAUGCAUUCAGUCUUAUAUGUUAGUGCCAUCAGUUCCUCCUACCCAUUAGAACAAAUUCGAAAUGAAGGCUAUAAUUUUAGUUUUGAACGUAUUUAUCGUGUGCACAUUAGGAUUAUUCAACGAGCCUAGCAGACCUUAUGGCCCAAACGUAUUGCAAGGUUUGAACGGUUUUGGAUUCAGCAAUGGAAUUAAUUCCUUAAUCAACCCUCACAACCCCUAUGAUUCGAGAAGGCGAUGUCCGGAAUGCGAUCCUUCCGUUUUCAGUUACUGCGGUGACAAACUGUUCCACGAUUCCUGCUGUUGCAGUAACCCAAACAAUCCCUAUGAACAAUUGCCACAACAAUGUUAUUAUGCUGACUGCAGUUUUCUUCAUGCCAACACUUGUAGGGAACACAAGCUUAUCACCGCAUGCUGCUGCAUUAAAAAAUGAUUAUAUAGUAUAUAAAUAGACAUUUUGUGAUAUUAACUAUCUGUAUUGCAUAUUUAUCAAUAGAGAGUAGGUACUUGAAAUAAAUCAUUAAA